AUGUCUCUAACUAUUUUUAUAAAUGAACAUGCAGGUCGAGGUAAAACAUUUUUAGUAAAUACAAUUUGCACCAUAGUACGCAGUUUAAAAAAAAUAAUACUCCCUUGCGCGACAACUGGCUUAGCUGCGCUCAACUAUGAUGGAGUUCACAUAGCACAUUCACUAUUUCUUAUUUUCUGGGAUGAAUUACCUAUGGCACAAAAAGGUAAUAUUGAAGCAGUGGAUCUACUUCUACAAGAAAUUUGUAAUCAGAAUAUACCAUUUGGUGGAAAAGUAUUUAUUGGAAUAGGCGACUUUCGUCAAGUUGCUCCUAUAGUUCCACAUGCAGAAAAGACUGCUAUAAUUUUAGAAUCAAUCAAGUCAUCUUCGAUUUGGAAAACAUUUAAAAUAUAUGAUCUUCAACAACCAAUUCAUGAUGCACUCGAUCCAGAAUAUUAUAAACUUAUGGAUAACAUCAGAGACAGGAUUAAUAGAGAAAAAGUAUCUUUAGAAUUACUCAAUACAACACAUAAAUUAGAUGAAAUUAUAGAAUUUGUCUUUCCUAAAAAUGUACUAAAUAACCCAAUAGUAUGUCUACAACAAGCUAUUCUAUGCCUAUUAAAUAUUGAAGUAGAUUCUAUCAAUAAUAUUGUUUUAUAA